AUGCUUGACCAGCUCUUCCAAUCCCUCCCCUCACCUGGUGUAUCCGUGCUUCUUCUGGUCGUCGCCUACUACAUCAUCUCCACCGUCCGCCUCCUUAACGAGAACCGCAAGAUCCGCUCUUUCGGCGCCCGCGCGCCCAUCCGACCUACCUAUCUUCCCUUCGGCCUCGACUUCGUCUACGAAGCCGUCAAGUAUGCGCGUGAGAACCGCAACCUCGCGUUCUGGGAGAAGAGUUUCUCUCGAGGCCCCGAAGACCACAACUACACGCUCGAGUUCCGCACCACAGGGCAACGCAUAAUCUUCACGGCCGACCCCGAAAACAUCAAAGCGAUCCUGGCAACCCAGUUCGCCGACUACGGCAAGGGCGAGCAGUUCAACAAGGACUGGCACGAUUUCCUUGGGGAUAGUAUCUUCACCACCGACGGCGAAAGAUGGCACAACUCGCGCCAGCUUAUCCGGCCCCAGUUCAUCCGCGACCGCCUCAGCGACCUCGACAUCUUCGAGCGCCACUUCCAGGAGCUGGCCCCCAAGCUUGGUGGGAGGGGCCAGACUGUCGAUGUCGCGGAUCUCUUCUUCCGCUACACGUUGGACGCUGCGACAGACUUUUUGCUCGGGCGUAGCGUCAACAGCCUCGUGGACCCGCAGGUCCGCUUCGCGAAGGCGUUCGGCGAGGUCCAGCGGUUUCAGAGUCUGGUUUCGAGGAUUGGGCCGCUACAUCACCUCUUGCCCCGCGGCAAGUUUCGCGAGGGCCUGAAGGUCAUCAAUGAGUUUGUGAACCCGUACAUUGACGAGGCGCUGAGGCUCUCGCCGGAGGAGCUGGAGAAGCGGAGCAAGUCUGAUCAGGGGUAUACGUUUCUACACGCGCUGGCGGGCUACACGCGCGAUAGGACUGUGCUGCGGGAUCAACUUGUUGCAGUGUUGCUUGCGGGGAGAGAUACUACCGCAUGCACCCUCUCCUGGAUCUUCCACCACCUCUCCCUCAACCCCCGCAUCGUCCAAAAGCUGCGCCAGGAAAUCUCUGCCCACUGCGGCACCGCGCCCCCCACCUACGCCGCCCUAAAAAACAUGCGCUACCUCCAACACACCCUCAAUGAAACCCUUCGCCUCUACCCCGUCGUCCCCUUCAACGUGCGCGUCGCCCUGCACGACUCCACCCUCCCCGUGGGCGGCGGCCCCACCGGCUCCUCGCCCAUCGGCAUCCUAGCCGGCACGCCAAUCGGGUACUCCACGCUGCUGCUCCAGCGCCGGGGGGAUCUCUACCCGCCCCCCAGCGCGACCUUCCCUCCGAUUCUAGAGUUUGCACCGGAGAGGUGGGAACACUGGACGCCGAAGAGCUGGACCUAUGUCCCGUUCAACGGCGGCCCGCGCAUCUGUAUCGGACAGCAGUUCGCGCUUACCGAGAUGGGGUAUGUGGUUGUGCGGAUUCUGCAGCGGUUUGCGGGGGUCGAGAGUAGGGAGGAGGGGAGGGAGCUGGCGAUGCAGACGGAUAUUGUGCUGCAGCCUGCGGGUGGGGUUAAGGUUGCGUUCUGGGAGGAUGGGCGGGAAAAGGCGUGA